GUGAAGGAGCAGGGCAGCUGCUUAUAGAUUGGCGAUCUCUAUUCCCCCCCCAGCACCUAGCUCCUGUAGCUUGUACUGUGCAAGCAUUUCUGUGCAAGCAGGAGAAGAUUCCACCCCCCCCCCCACCCAGCACCCACCCACUGGGAGAGGCAGGAACAGAACCAUGCAGCACUGGCUGUUGUGUCCCUGAGCCAGUAGCGGUGUUAUCUCCCCCUGCAUACACACACACUCACAUUAGCUGACUUGCUAAUCUGCCAACCUGAACCACUAAUGGCUGAGAGCUGCUCCCAUACAACUGACAGAUAGAAGAGGAAAGCGACAGAGAGAGACAUCGGCAUUCCCAGCCUUCAGUCCUACCAGCACCAUGGUGUCGUGGCUCAUAUCCAGGCUGGUUGUGCUGAUAUUCGGUACUCUGUAUCCCGCCUAUUUUUCUUACAAGGCUGUGAAGUCAAAGGAUAUUAAAGAAUAUGUGAAAUGGAUGAUGUACUGGAUCAUAUUUGCACUUUUUAUGACCGUAGAAACUUUCACAGACCUUUUCCUCUGUUGGUUUCCAUUCUAUUAUGAGCUUAAGAUAGCCUUUGUAGCUUGGUUGCUGUCGCCGUACACAAAGGGGUCCAGCCUCCUCUAUCGGAAGUUUGUUCAUCCGACGCUGUCAUCUAAAGAAAAGGAAAUCGACGAGUGUCUGUUGCAGGCCAAAGAUCGCAGCUACGAUGCGCUGGUUCAUUUCGGCAAGCGGGGUCUCAAUGUGGCUGCCAGUGCUGCAGUAACGGCUGCUGCCAAGGGGCAAGGUGCUCUCUCAGAAAGACUCAGGAGCUUCAGUAUGCAGGAUCUCUCAUCAAUUCGUGGGGACGCCCCUCCUCAGUCUGCAGCCCCUGUACGGACAACUAGUAAAACAGCUAAGCCAAAGCUUUCCAGGAGCGUAACACAACCCCCCGAACCUUCAGUAUGUACUUGCUGCUCUGUUGGCAAAAUCCUCAGAGUUGUUGAGGUUGAAGUGGAUGAGUCUGAAGUGACGUGUAAAAAAACCUAUGAAGUUAAGGAGCUGAUUUCAGAUGAUGAAGAAGAAUCGUCCAAUAGUGUUAUUCUGGAUGAAGCUUCCAUAAUUAAAGUGAUUAGGAAGAAGGAGCAACCCGUUGAGCCACCGCCAAGAGUCCAUAAACCUAGAUUCAGGAUACAAAGUACUUCAGCCUCCACAGAAACUGCGUGAGCAUCGCCAAUAUCCAGAUCCACUGGGAAUGUCUCUUCAUUGCCUUAAGAAGAAACUCAUAUCACACAUAACGACAGCAAUGCCAGAAGCCAGAAACAUGACCCGACUCUCCUCAGCAUCUGCCAAUCAUAAACUCACAGAUAAACCUGCAUUGCGUCCUUCUGGCCAAGCCAACCGCCCAUUGCACCGGAUAGAACCUCAGUUCCCCCCCUUGGUAUAAUCUCUCAAUGAAGGGAGGAAAAUGAAGACUAUUAGAGCAGUGCUAAGGAGCAGGAACUUUAAUAUUGGUGUAACUUAUGAACAGGAGGCAUACGGCAGCCUUAAUAUCAUUGCAACUGGUACUCAUCAUUAUAUAUAUUAGGCCCCGGAUCCUCUGUGGCCGUCGAUAUGUAGCAUAUUCAUGGUUUAGCAGAUAUCCCUUAUCUGAGUAGGGAAGUACUAGACAUGGAGGAAUGUGGUGGAUCCGACACAUGUAUAUAGGAUUUGUGUAUGUGCCAGGCUAAUGACAGAACAUUACUGUGAAACAUUUAGGGAAGAACUUGCUACUGAAGAUACGCCAUAGAGGCACACACCUAGCAGGAGUUGAAUGUUUCUGAAACUAUCCCCAUGUAGUCCAUCACUGAAUAGUAAACUGAGGUUGUUCACUAACAGAGAAGGAAAGGUACACUGAGGGGAACCAUAAUAUUAGACACCCCCCAGUGAUUGUAAUCGCUUACCUGAAACCCCCGGCCGGUGCAGUUUUCCCCUAACAGGAGCGCCGGCCUGAGGUGCUACAAAGCGAUCCUCUUCCUUCUUCAGCAUAACAUUUGGCUCCCCCUAGUGAUUCGGCCUUUCCUGGUAUUUUUCUAUGAUUUCCUCAUUAACGGGAGUGGCUAAAGAAUUGGGCUGAAAUUGGAAGCUGAGCUUAGAAGUAUUACAUCCACACUUUAAACUCUAAUGUAGGAAGCCGGCAUGGCACAGCUUUUCAUAGGCGAGCUUGCCACCCUUUCCUUAGGAAACUAUCCCUAGCCCCUACUUUAUACCCCUUAGAAAGCUGAGAUCUGGUCAGCAUGCCACUUAGCAAAUUCCAAAUACGUCACAGAUUAAUGUUUUACAAAAUGUACCCGAAUGUCAGGGAAUCACAUACAAGGGAACCCCUAACUAAACCCCUAAAGGUGCCCAUACACCUUCAGAUCCGCUCGCUUGGCGAUGUUGCCAAGCGCGCAGAUCUUCUCCUGAUAUCC